AUGUCCAAACGGCAAGCUUCCGAAGCUCUCGACGAGCUCCAGGACGUCGCGUCUCCCGCCUCCAAGCGCUCGCGAAUGGGCGACUUCGACUCGCCUCUCGCAAACAGCCACGACGAUGCCCAGAGCCCCGACCAAGACGCAGACGCGCGAAAAGAAGGCACGCAAGGCGCACAGAGCGAAAAUGAAGACGACGACGAUGAAGAUCUCGACAACGAACCCAUGGCGGCUCCCGUCCGGCAAUCAGGGCCAGCCGACGGCUACGACGACCUCUACCUCGACACCAUAGACCGCAACGUGCUCGACUUUGACUUUGAAAAGCUCUGCUCCGUCUCCCUCUCCAACAUCAACGUCUACGCAUGCCUCGUCUGCGGCAAGUACUACCAGGGCCGGGGCGUCAAAUCGCACGCCUACUUCCACUCCUUGGACGAGGACCACCACGUCUUCAUCAACCUCGAGACGCAAAAGGUCUACGUCCUGCCCGAGGGCUACGAGGUCAAGAGCAAGUCGCUCGACGACAUCAAAUACGUCUCCGACCCGCGGUACACCAAGGAGGAGGUCAUCCAGCUGGACCGGCGGCGCCCCAACGCCGUUAGCUGGACCCUCGACGGCAAGGAGUACACGCCGGGCUUCGUCGGCAUGAACAACAUCAAGGAGAACGACUACCUCAACGUGGUGGUGCAGGCGCUGUCGCACGUCUCCCCGCUGCGCAACUACUUCUUGCUCGAGGACUUUUCUAAAAAAUCCGAGCUCGUCAAGCGGUGCAGCAUCCUGUUCCGCAAGAUCUGGAACCCGCGCGCCUUCAAGGCGCACGUCUCGCCGCACGAGCUCCUCCAGGAGGUCGCCCUCCAGUCCAACAAGCGCUUCACCCUCACCCACCAGUCCGACCCCGUCGAGUUCCUCUCGUGGUUCCUCAACAACCUCCACCUCGGCCUCGGCGGCAGCAAGACGAAGCCCGGCAGCUCCAUGAUCCAGCGCACGUUCCAGGGCAAGCUCAAGGUCGAGUCGCAGGCCAUCACCGCCCGCGCCGACGCCGGGGACCGCCUGCGCUUCGAGGAGGCCGCCGAGGUCAAGGUCGACGUCGUGCGCUUCCUCCUGCUGACGCUCGACCUGCCCUCGGCGCCGCUCUUCCAGGACGAGCUGGAGAAGAACAUCAUCCCGCAGGUGCCCCUGAGCACCAUCCUCAGCAAGUACGACGGCAAGCGCGCGCAGGAGCACCACGCGCAGCGGAAGCGCUACCGCCUGCUGCACCCGCUGCCGCCCUUCUUGAUGCUCCACGUCAAGCGCUUCUCGCAGAACAAGUUCGUCGCCGAGCGCAACCCGACCAUUGUCACCUUUGACGCGCGCAACCUCGACGUCUCCCCUUACGUGGAGCCCAACCCCAACGAGUGGCCCGUCGGCGAGCCGAUAUGGUACGACCUCGUCGCCAACGUCGUCCACGAGGCGGUCCGCAAGAGGGACGACGUUGCCGACAGCGGCGAGGAGAAGAAGACGUGGAAGGUCCAGCUCAAGAACAAGGCCACCGACGAGUGGGUUGUCUGCCAGGACCUGUUUGUCGACAAGGUGCAGAGCGAGCUGCUCUAUCUCGGAGAGACGUAUCUGCAGAUCUGGGAGCGGAGAAGAGUACCGGGGAAGAAAGCUGACAAGGGAAAACAGGCGGCGGCAUAG